AAGUGGCUCCUCAAAGAGACUGCCAGUUGUCUAAUUCUUUUUAGGUAGAGGACGAAGCCUCUGUGUUUGUGUUUGAGUUGGUGGAGUUCGGCAGCAGAAGGCAACAGAGAGUCCACAAGGCAGGAGAGGCAGGGCGUACGUGGCCACUGCUGAUGCGGGAAUACGAUGACGAGAUUGUCCCUUUCUCCGAGAUAGACGUGUUGUUUCGGCCCUUGAUUCAGACUGUCACGGCCCUCGCCACACGCACCCGCGUCAUCUUCUGGAGUCAGAGCAGAGACGCGCCGUACGAAGAAUUAGCAAGUCGUCUUCCGCUCCUCCUUGGUGACAUAAAGUCUGAGGGCUCACCGGAAAACAAAUCGGCGCCACUGUUUCUAGGUACUCGGCUGGAGUUAAUGGGGGGCACCGUGCCUUAUAUUCCCUGUCAGGUGCAGGAGUAUGGGGUGAAGGAGGCGGGUCGAUGUGUGGCGGCACGGACAGCAAAGGGAGCCUCCACCUGGAUCACCUUCAUCGGAGAUUCGAAUCAGCGACAGAAGAUUCACUCCUUUCUUGACUUUCUGCCGCCAGAUCUCACCUAUUUCUUCUAUCUGGGGGACAAGCAGGUGAGCCUCCAGGUGUUCACGGACGCCGUUUCCCACCACAAGAAACGUCCACCAGUGUUUGAAAUUGUUGGUCGACCAACACCACCACGACCACCACCAACACCAACACCAACACCGUUAGAUCGCCACGACAGUAUCUUUCCAUCUGGAGGGGUUGAAGUGCUACGAUAUGCAAACAAAAGCAACGGAGGACAAACGGAAUAUCCACCUUCUCAGAGGGUGCUGCUCGAAGGAAAGUCACACCCACAAGAAUCCUAUGUUUUCAGGGUGACGGUGUUGUGGUAUCCUGGAACAAACGAUGCUAUCAAGUCGUCGUCCUUAUCUCGCAAGUUGGUAGUGACAAGACUGCAGCAGUGGCUGAAUACGAACAUCCUUCCUGAUGCAGUAGUUGUUGGGUUCGGCACAUGGAUGUUGGCUGACCGCAAGUUCACGGACGAGCUGUGGCCCUUUACAAAAGUAGAGGUAGCUGCCCUAGCACUGGAGGACACCCUCAUUCAACUCGCUGCCGAGACCCAUUUGCUGUUUUGGGUGCAGAGUAGAAGAACAGGUGCUUGGCUCUGGGAUUCCACUUUGCCCUUUAACCUUGCCAACCUACGGGAAUGUCAGCGCCUUAGUGAGGCCAAGAUGUACUACCAUCCUCUUUACUCAGGUCGUUGGUGGAACUGUUUCGACAUGCAUCAUGCCUCUUAUGAGACCAACAGUGUGGAGAUACAGAUGCUGCUGAACCUGCUGUGUAAUGCCCACCUCAACACCCCUGCCCAAUAUUGCUGUUCCAUGUGAUACAUCUUAUUCUCUACCCUUCACCCAUUGUCCAGGAGCUGUACUCUUACAAUUCAAGGUAUACCUGUGAUAUUGAGAAAGUUUGAAAACUGCCUGUCUAUAUAUGAAGGCCAGCAAUCACCCACACACACACUUUCACAUUUACUGCCAUGAUGGUUAAUG